UCUGAUUCAUUAACAUUCCUACCACAGAUUUCCACAAAGAACCGGAGUGGGCGACAGAACAACAGGCACGGAAAAGAGGUUACGAAAUAUAGUGGACUGGACUAGAACAAGUUGAUGAACAGAACAUCACCGGCUGCUACGGUGUUGCAAUAGAGAUGCACACAUUCUAUGAUCUAAAGGUUUAGAGUGGUGAGUCAGCCCUCAGCAGAGCGGAACCCCUCUCCUCACAUACAGAGCACAGAACUACCAGACAAGGUGUUCUCCAGGAGUGUUGCCCACCCCCACACACCCCACCGCUCUAUCCAGACCCUCUAGGACAGACAGGAUCCACACUCCUCUGGACAGGACCUCAUUUUUGUUUACUGUGAAUGAAGCGAUAAGGGGAUGAUGUCAGAGGACAGCUGUUGCCGAAUAUGCUGCAGGGGGGUGUAUAGCUGCUACUGGAGGCACCCCAGUGAGAGGCAACUAAAAUGCUCCCGCUGCAGGUUGUCGGUCCUUACCGCUGUGUCCCUCCUCACUCUGUUCUGGAUGUACGUCUGUCUGAUGGCCUUCAAUGACCGCGAGGAUGUUAACUGGAAGGGCUUUUCCAUUCUGAAACUGUGGGUGAACUGGUUCAUGGUGCUAAUCAUCAUCUCUGCUGUAUUGACCAUCUACUGCACCCUAUUACUGGUCUUUGCACUGUUCCAACUUGCCUUGAAAGAGCCUUUGGACUUACACUGUCUGCACAAGUUCUUCCUGUUUUUAGGUGUGGUCUUCAUCGCCCUGGGCAUCGCUGGAAUAAGUCUACUGUGGAAAGAAGAGUGGCACACUGUUCUUCUGUCACUGCAGGCCACGGCUCCAUUCCUACAGAUGGGAGGGGUUGGAGCCCUGACCCUGGUCAGCUGGCUGGUGUUCCAGGGCUUCCAUAGGUCCCGCAGAGUAGCCUCUAAGAUCCUCAUCAUGGUAGUGUUUGCUGGCGUGUCAGUGGCAAUGUUCCUCAGCCCACUCCUCAUCCAAUCCCCUUGUCUGGUGGACAAGAAACAGCUGCCCCCUAAACCUGCCCUCUUUGGUCAUCGCGGAGCACCAAUGCUGGCCCCAGAGAACACCAUGAUGUCGUUCAGGAGGAGUGUGGGGUGCAACGUGACCGCCUUUGAGACGGACGUGCAGCUCAGUAAGGACAGAGUUCCUUACCUGAUGCACGACCACGACAGCCAUUUCCUGAGGAGGACUACAGAUGUUCUACAGAAGUUCCCUGGGAAAGACUUGAACCACAGCACAAACCUCACCUGGGAGGAGCUACAGGAAUUAAACGCUGGUGAUUGGUUCCUGAAUACAGAUCCAUUCUGUUCAGUGUCCCAGCUCUCAGAACAGGAGAAGAAGACAGCUAGGAACCAGAGUGUUCCCUCCCUUCUGCAGCUGCUUGACCUGGCCAAGACUCAUAACACCUCUGUCAUCUUUGACUUGAAGAAUGACGACAUCAAUGACACUAAUGACACUGUGAAAACCAUCCUCAACUCUGGCAUCCCCCACGACAAGAUCCUCUGGCUUCCCCCCACACAUAGGGAGGAUGUGAAGAAGGUCGCACCAGGGUUCAAACAGGUUUACGACAAUGUGCCUGAAAUGAACCUUAACGGAGCAGAUCAUCUAAAUGUCAAGUACAGUGCGUUGAGCGCCGCAGAGAUCGGGGAGCUUUGGAAAAGGAACGUGUCGGUGAACCUGUGGGUGGUGAAUGAACCAUGGCUCUUCUCUUUAAUGUGGUGCUCGGGGGCCAGCUCUGUGACCACAAACGCCUGCUCCGUCCUACAGGACAAGAACCAGCCUGACUGGACAAUGGGACCUGGUACAUACAGAUGUAUAUGGAUCACAGUGGACCUGGGGUCAUUGCUCAUAAUGUUCGCACUCUUCAUCUUAAAGAGAAGGAAAGAGAAUCACACAUGUUCUGCUUUGGAAUCAAGAGAGCUACGCUCCUUCUUACCACCUGAAUAGUUCCGCCUGGAUCCAGAAAUCCUUCCCAUCACACCCUACUGUCUGAAUGGCUCAGCUUUGAAUCAGGAAGUAUUUAGGCUAAUUGAAGAGACCGUAUCUAAAAAAAUGUGUGGAUCACAUGCGUAAAGUACAUUUUACAUUCAUUAUGAGAAUUUAUGAACAAAGGUGUAAAUACCACGUCCAUGUUUUGCCACAAGGAUGGCCAUUCAAGAUGUCAUUUCAUUGUUAUUUUAUUUCAAUAUAUUUUAGAUGCUUUUUGUGACCCUUUGUAAAUAGUGUUUUCCUAUAGAAAAUGUUUGUGUGACACUGUAUUUGUAAAAAUAUAUAUUUAUUGGUUCACUGUAUACAUUAAGUUUAGACUUUAUUUGGAAACUGGUGUUGGGGUCACUGAUAAAUGUCAGCACUACUUCCACUGGGGCUUACACUGAAUGAGAGAUUUACCAAAUGAUCACAAAUCAUCUUAUAUCAUAUUUUUUUAUAAAAUCGUAUCUGAAUUUGACACCUGUGUGUGUGUGUGCGCGCGCGCCCAUGUGUGUGUACGCGCCCGUGCGUGAGUGAGUAGUUGUGUGCGUGAGAGAGAGAGCGUGUGUUUCAGAAAAAAAACAUGUAAUGAUUUAUUUGUCUGUGUGAAUCAAUAAAAUGGAAUGUGUUGGGUACAGUU